UGGGCUCUCUCAUGCCCUGUCUCACUCUUCUCCCCUCCUAAAACCUUGUGAAGGAUGGCAGCUGCCUCUUUCCGCUACGGCAUGACCAUCACUGGGGCCGUGCUACUGGUGACAGGGACGCUGUGCUUUGCCUGGUGGAGCGACGGGGAGGUGGGCACCCCGGCCAGCAGCGGGGCUCGCCUCCUGCCUCCCCAGGAAGCCGAGGCAGUUCCCAGCUCCUCCUCCUCCUCCAGCGCCCUGCUCCGCUCCGUCAGCUUCUUCUGCUGUGGUAUCGGCGGCAUCCUCCUCCUCUUUGGGCUCCUCUGGUCUAUGAAAGCCAACGCCAGGGUAGUCUCUCGCCGCUACCAGUACCAUUUCCCCAGGGACCUGCAGUACUUCACCGCGGAGCCUCUGGAGAAGUGGAACUGCAGCAACUGGGACACCAGUGCCAUCCCCACCUAUGAAGAAGCCCUGACCUGCAGACCUGCCCACUGCACCCCAGCCUACGUCCAGCCCCCGGGGAGGAAGGAGGAGCUCACGCCACCCUUGUACCGCUACCUGGAGGAGGACGAGAGCUGGCAGGGCGGCCGCCGGCGCAGCUCCUCUGACAGCGCCUUGUUCCGCCCCAGCCCAUCCUGGCUGGAGACCCAGGGCCCCGGGGAGCCGCAGGCAACGCCUCCCCCCAGCUAUGAAAACAUCAGCAUCCGGGGGGUCUGA